GCCUCCUGAGUCUUGGGUACUGACGCACCUCCUAUUCCCAUCCCUCCUGUGCCUCCUGAAUCCUGUCCCAACUUGGCUACUGCUUGUACAUCUGGACGACACUCUGUAGGUAUUUUGAGUGCACUACCUAUCACUCCGUGCUUACUUUUCGUAAAAGUUAGAGCAAACUGUCUUUCUUUGGAAAGAAGCCCCUGAAUCCCAUCCAAAAAAUCACAAGGUGAGUUAAGACACAAUUGUGGCAGGAGCUACCUGGUUUGUACUCCCAGGCCCGUUCCUACCUUUCUCGGCUCCUACCUGUAAGGAAGGUACCUCCUGUCGCCUGUGCCUCCCUCUCCUUUUCUGCCCUGGGCUCCAUCCCGUCCUCCCUCUUCCUCAGCAACGUCUACCUUCCUUACCUGACUCCGUACUCAACUUCUUCGUACCCGGUACUGCUCAGCUCCCAAGCUCAGCCCGUAUCAUCUCCCCAGCUGAGAAUAGCAUCUGAACCAAGGUAAGGAAUUCGGAAUCCCUUCUUUUGCUCUUCUACUUCCUCCUCUUCUCUCCUCCACACCUCGCAUCUCGCAGUAUUCUCUUCCCUCUCUGGCCCCUGUCCUGCGGGUUUUCUUCUUCUUCCUGCAGACACACACACUCCUCACCCCGCCAUCCACCCACAGUGCCACUGGAUUUCUCUUGGAACUUGGAAUCUUGCACCACUGUGCCACCCCGUCACCCCGUUUUUGUCAGCAAUAAGGUAUCCCCAGCACAAGGUACCAUACCAAGCAGCGCAGCAGCAACAGCGACCAGAACCCAGCUAACCAACCAAACCUCCCAGCCCAGCGGCGCCAGGUUGUCUCACCACACACGUACCGUCCGUCCACCCCCAAAAAAGAAGCCAAAGGCCUACGCAGUAAGAGAGGGGGCGGAAUUUGCGGGGUUCCUCUAGCACAACGAUCCAACGAGCGUCUUUGUACACCAACCUUGAACCUCCACCAACAAAUCACGACCCCAGAGCGACCUCUCCUCUCUCUCUCACUCACUCACACACACAUACUCUCUCUCUCUCUCUCUUUGAGUCCUACUCCUACCCGUACCCGUGCUCGUACCGUACCGUACCGUACUCUUUGGUACCGUACCUACCUGUGCAUUAUCUACCGCACCCCCAAAAACACCAAACAACAAUCUUUAUUCCUCGCCCCGCCUCGACUCGCUUCGCCUCACCUCGAAGGGUCACCUAAACCUCACCUCACCACCUCGCAUUUCCUCGACGGUACUCUCCUCACCUUCGAUCGCACGCAUCACCAUACAACCCGACUUUGACUUCUCAAUACCCGUUUUCAUCGCCACUAGUCCGAUUCGCCAUCUGCGCAUUCGGCGAUAAAUCCCCCCCCUCCUUCGUACCUUCUUCCUGCCAAAAUGUCGUGGAAGUUGACGAAGAAGCUCAAGGAGACCCAUUUGGGUCCCUUGGCCAACACCUUCUCUCGAUCCCCCUCUACAUCUACCAUUACCGACAGCAGCGAAAAGGCUCAGGCCAACAUUGCAGGCUCGGCCACUCCCACGAACGAAAACACUAUCGCUGCCUCUGAGGCCAUGGCGCAAGUACCGGUCGUCAACCCUCCCAAGCCCGGUAUUCUCGUCGUCACCCUCCACGAGGGUCACGGAUUCUCCCUCCCCGAACAACACAGAGCAGCAUUUGCCUCUUCACACCAAGGCUCGCUGUCCACAGGCGGUGCCCUCAGCGUCGCCGGCUCCGUGCGUCCCUCUUCUUCACAACGAGGAGCUGUCGGCUCCUUCAUCAAUGGCGCGGCUCGGCCACAGACAUCUGGCGGUGGCUUUACUGGAAUUCCUACCAACCAUGGUCGCAUUUCCGGCAAGUACAUGCCCUACGCCUUGCUGGAUUUCGACAAGAUGCAGGUCUUUGUCAACUCGGUCGAGGGAACACCAGAGAACCCCCUCUGGGCCGGAGGAAACACCCAGUACAAGUUCGAUGUGUCUCGUGUGACGGAACUCGUCAUUCACUUGUACAUGCGCAACCCCCUCGCUGCUCCCGGAUCCGGUCGUAGCCAGGACAUCUUCCUCGGUGUUGCCCGCAUCAAUCCCCGCUUCGAGGAGAAGCACCAGUUCGUCGAGGACCCCAAGCUCAGCAAGAAGGAUCGCGAGAAGGCUGCGGCUGACUUUGCCGCCCGUGAGCGCGCCCUCGGUCACAGCGGAGUCGAGUGGGUGGAUGUGCAGUACGGAACCGGAAAGGUCAAGAUCGGCGUCGAGUACGUCGAGAACCGCGCCGGAAAGCUCAAGAUUGAGGACUUUGAGUUGCUCAAGGUGGUGGGCAAGGGUAGCUUUGGCAAGGUCAUGCAGGUGCGCAAGAAGGACACGAACAGAAUCUACGCCCUCAAGACGAUCCGCAAAGCACACAUCAUCUCCAGAUCCGAGGUCGCCCAUACCCUUGCCGAGCGCUCGGUAUUGGCGCAGAUUAACAACCCCUUCAUCGUUCCCCUCAAGUUCACCUUCCAGUCGCCUGAGAAGCUCUACUUCGUCUUGGCCUUUGUCAACGGAGGCGAGCUUUUCCACCACCUCCAAAAGGAGCAAAGAUUCGACGUCAACCGCUCGCGCUUCUACACUGCCGAACUCCUGUGCGCUCUCGAGUGCCUCCAUGGCUUCAACGUCAUCUACCGCGAUCUCAAGCCCGAGAACAUCCUCCUCGAUUACCAGGGACACAUUGCCCUCUGCGACUUUGGCCUUUGCAAGCUGGACAUGAAGGACGAGGACAGAACCAACACAUUCUGCGGUACACCCGAGUACCUGGCGCCUGAGCUGCUCAUGGGUCAGGGCUACAACAAGACGGUGGACUGGUGGACCCUUGGUGUUCUCCUGUACGAGAUGUUGACGGGACUGCCUCCCUUCUACGACGAGAACACGAACGAGAUGUAUCGCAAGAUCCUCUCGGAGCCUCUCCACUUCCCCGGUCAUGACGUCGUGCCCCCCGCGGCUAAGGAUCUCCUGACCAAGCUCCUCAACCGCGACCCCAAGGAGCGUCUUGGUGCCAAUGGAUCGGCCGAGAUCAAAGCCCAUCCCUUCUUCCACGCCAUUGAUUGGCGCAAGCUUCUUCAGCGCAAGUACGAGCCUGCGUUCAAGCCCAACGUGGUGGACGCUCUUGACACAGCCAACUUCGAUCCCGAGUUCACGUCAGAAGCACCCCAGGAUUCGUACGUGGAGGGCCCGAUGCUCUCGCAGACGAUGCAGAACCAGUUCCAGGGCUUCAGCUAUAACCGACCUAUUGCGGGUCUGGGCGAUGCCGGAGGCAGUGUCAAGGACCCUUCCUUUGUGGGCAGCAUCCAGGACAACCGAUAGGCGGCUUGCGCACAACGAGUCAGUGGACGAGUUGAGCAUGGUUGAAGAAUAGAAAUGGAGAGAAAGCAGGCUCAGCAAAGGGGGCAGAGCAGGGCAGGGCUAGAAAGAAAGCGAAGCAUGAUAUUGUGUGGGGUGGGCUUGGUGAUUCAAGGGUUUAGCUUAAGCUAAGCUCACAGCAAAGCAACUCGACAGGGAAUGGUCGGGGGCACAUUGAGUGCGCACGCGCACUCGACAACAAACAGCUUUGCAUCUUCGUCUUUGAACGGCGUUCUGGAAUGGGCAUGAUGACGCCUUUUGGGGAAAAGGAAAUGUAGAUAGGCACAGAUCAUUGAGCAGACAGACAGACGAAUCAGCUCUCAGCAUCAUCAUUCAUG